AUGGGCAAUAUCUGCUCCCGCUCAUCAAACGAGCCAGACGCCUUCGCCGGUCCUGGUCGAGUCGUCGGUGCCCCACCAUCCGGACAAUCAACUGCUCCACGCGCCUCCGUCCCUGCCAAAGCGAAUUGGCAGAAUACCCCGGGCCGCACACUCGGCGAGAGUUCCCCGCAACAAGGGGGCAAUGACGAGGCGCGGUCUAAUGCCGCAAUUGCAGCGCAGAAACGAGCGGAGGCUGCAUCUGCUUCUAGUAAAGGGAAGCUAGGCACUAAACUGGCGGCGCAAAAGGCCAAGACUCAAGCGCAGACUUUGAAUGAGGCGAGUGAGACGGAGAGGGCUGUGCGGGAUGCUGAUGGGGCGGAGGAGGCCAGACAGUGGAAUUAA